UAUUAUCCGCACACGCGCUCGUGCUCGUACAAUUAAAACGUGUAACAACGCCUUUGCAGUCUCUGCAGCAGGUCUGCUCGGAUAGCGCGUGUCGUUGGCAUACCAUGUCCGGUCCACCGACAGAAGGCGGCGGCAGACCGGAAACGGCUAGUCUCUGCGGCCAGCAGAAAAAGGCGAGUAGCUUUUCAUUUUUUUUAUUUCUCCCUCCCCCUCUCUCACUCACACACACACACACUCCAUCUCUCUCUCCCUUUCUUAAUACGCUUAAAUUCCCAGGGGUACGAACAUUUCAACUAGUGUGCGAACAUAACAAAAAACAAACGUUAAUACGGACAUUCUGUAUAAAUAUAGUAUUACAAUCAAUUUUUUAUUUGUCAAUAGACACAAUGUAUUUAGGUACUACUUUGUUUCUUUUCUCUUUCACUAUAUAACUUCUCAUCCAUCUAAGCGAUGGUCAUAGUUUAUAGGUCUAUGAUACGAACAAAAUAUAUAAACCAAUCUAUUAUAUUAUUUCUGAACUUUCAACCUGUUUAACCUGGAAACACUGUCGGCGUGACUUUCUGGCGUGCCCCGGCCAUCUCUUUUAUGAGUGUUAUCAACAUUACUCUAUAGUAUAGAGUUAUAGACCAAAUUUAUUUAUUUAUUUAUUUCGAACUAAUAACACAUUUUGAACAAUAGAAUAUCUACAGGUAUGAAUAAUAUUGUUUUCGGUCCAUUGACAAUCGACAUUCUAGUAUUCGACUAUCGUGCUUAAAUGCUUUGUACAUUUCCUCAUUAUUUUGGUUCUAUACUGGUGACACCUUACAGGUAUUUUGGUUUACGUUUUUUGAUUUCAGAAAUUGCCUAUAGACUAGAAAACUAGGGCAACAGAUCUACAGUAUAAAGGUAACAGUUAUUUCCUUAAAUAUUCUGUUCCAACAAGAAUCAAAUUGCAUUCAAUCAUGCAAAAGUAUGGCUAUAAUGACUAUCCAAAUGAAGAUCGUCAACGUUUGCGUGAUUUACUACAGGCGUGGAAAAUGGAGUUCGUACAUCAGUUAUUAGUUGAUCAAUGCAUCACCAUGACAACAUUAAAACUCAUACAAAAAGAUGAUAUUAAUGAAUUGAUGUCAGAUAAGUUUCCUAUUGGUACAAAAGUUUUGUUUACUUAUAAACUUCAAGAAUGGCAAAAACGCAAUCCACUCAGUUCUUCAGAAUAUUCUGAUUUAAACGAUGACACAUUCGCUGACAAUUUAUCAGCUGUGUUAAGAAUAUUUAAAUAAAUAAACAUUUGAAUUAUAUAAAAAAAAGUUAAAUUAUUAUA